GUUGACAGAUCUCAUCACUUGCUAUAGUCGAAAAGUCAUAUGAUCAAAUAGUUUCUGCGAAAAUUAUUUAAAUUUUAAUAAAAAUAAAAUGUUGAAAUAUCUUGUAAUUUUUCCAUUUCUGUUAUUAACAGUUCAAGCAGCUGGAACUUUUUCUGUAUUAGAACAUCCAAAUUCACUACUUUUUAAAGGAAAUGAUCGUCUGGACUCAAAUUAUAUAGGAGAUGUUUUAGGCGCUUCUUUAGGUCUCUAUAUAGAUGCAGACACGAAAUGGAGCGGUCUCUUUAUUGAUAAUCCGUUUGAAUUUCCAAAAGGUGUAAUAAAUGUUAUGGUUGAAGGAGUUAAGGGAAUCAAUUUAAGUCAAAAAGCAAAAACUUUUCCGUUGACGGGGGGAGAUUCUAUAGACUCACUGAAUACAAUAUCAUCGACGGUUGAAGCCUUGAACUCUCCAACAAUAAACGUAGAUUUAAAUAGGGGAUUAGAUUCUCUCCUUACAUAUACGGAUGUCUUAGGAAAUUUACAAAUACCCACAACUGCAAAGUACGUAGGAAAUUUAAAACCAGAAACUUAUCCGGAAGAUAAAUUAUUUUUGCAACAAAUUGCUGCUAUUAAAGCUUUGUCAAAUAAAUUAUCAGACAUACAAAAUAAACCAACGCUUAUUAAUAUUCGUUUGUCCUUAAAGUCAAUAAUUGAAGCACACGGACCUAAGUCACCAGCCGUUGCUGAAGCAUUGAAACUUAUUUCCAAAACUGUUGAAGAUUUUAGUGAAAAAUCUAAUAAAGCUUAUGGGGGACAAUUGUUGUUUACAGUAACAACUGAUGAUAGCGCAGAAGUUUCUUCCAGACAGAAACGUCAAACACAAAAAGCCAAUGAUUUCAAAAAGGAGUUAAACCUUGCUGAAUAUUAUAAAGAGGAUUACCCAGUGAUUUUCAAUAUUAUUCUAUGGUUUAUGGUUGUAUUUGUUUUUGCAUUACUAGCAAUUUCUUAUGUAAUUGGCACAAUGGAUCCAGGCAGAGAUUCAAUCAUUUAUCGCAUGACAUCUACUAGAAUGAAAAAAGACAACUAAACACAAAUAAAAUAUUAAAAUUCCAAAAAUUAUGAAUCAUCAAUUGUAUCAUAAUACAUAUUAGUAAACCUUUUUUUUUAAAUUAUUUUGUUAUUCGUUUUCAGUUCAUAUUUCAAAAAUUACCUAUAACUUGAGCGCGUUAAAUAAAAUUUUGAAAGAAAAAUAACUUAACAAAAUAUAAAGUAAGGCAAAUAUUUAAAUAAUUGUGAAUAGUUUUUUAAUAUGGUAUGAAAAUAUGUAUAAAAAAUGUGUAAAAUUUUAUCAGUUUUCUCAUGAAAUUUUUUGAUAAGAUGUUAUCAAAGAACUUUAAAUGAACUCACCUAAUUGAGAAAAUGUGUAUAUAGAAAUACUAUGUAAUUUGUUGUAUUAUAAUUUUAAAUAAAUAGCAUUAGCUUAAUUUCA